AUGAUUUUAAAAAGAAAAAUAUUCUUUUAUGCCAGAUUAUAUAAUAAAUCAUUAAUAGACAUUAAAGUUGAUGAUAAUAAUAUUGUCUUAUAUGGAGAAUUUUCAAAGUCAAUAGAUAUUCAUAAAAUCAAAGCAGGUUUUUUAAAUAAAGAAUUAUAUCCAACAUUUAUAUUAUCACUCCCAAAGGAUUUAGAAAAAUUAGAUCUUUGCAGCUUAUCAACUAUCGACGAAAAAGUUAUUGAAGAUAAUCAACCAAAUUUUUAUCCAGAGUUAAAAGAGAAUGAACUUCCACCAAAUUUAAGAGAAUUAUCUCUGCCCUACUACAAAUAUAAUAUCAAAAAUAACAUUUUACCAAAUAGUUUAAUCAAAUUAAAUUUAACACAAUUUAAUCAAAAAAUUACCAAAGGUCUUUUCCCGCCAUUGCUGGAGGUAUUAAUAAUCCCAAGUUACACACAAUUUAUUGAACCAAGGGCCUUACCAGAAACAUUGACUGAACUAGUGGUGGGUGGAUACAAUUACCAGUUUGAUACAGUGACCUAUGGAUCAAUACCCAGCAAAGUAAAGAUACUCAAAUUUCUUAAUGGUAUUUCAUGUGAUUCCAUUUUAAGAGGUCUCUCAACAAAGUUAAAUAUAGCCUUGAUGAGCCAAUCAACACAGGAUACAUGUGAAUCAAUAUUUCCGAUACUCUUAAAAGAUUUAUAUAUUGGCGCCAAAUUUCCAUUUGAUAAAAUACCACCCAACGGUUUCUUUUCUAAAAAGAUAAAAAAGCUUAAACUAUUCACAAAUAACACACCAUUAAAAAAACUCGACUGGUUACCAUCCUUGGAGGAGUUAGAAUCACUAUCAUGUUCAAUCUAUUCAUUAACAGUUAUAAAUCAAAACACCUUACCUCAGUUACUUAAAUCUAUAGAUUUCAAUGUCGAAUCACCGGCCCCAAAUAAAGAAACUGCCAAAAAAUUCUUAUCAUUUUUACCAAAUAGUAUUACAGACUUAAUCAUAAAUGGAAAUAUUAAUUUCUCAUCAGAUUCAAAUAUAUAUCCAAAUAGUUUAAAUAAAUUAUCAUUGGAAAAUAACAGUCAUCCAAUACAUGCCGAAUCAUCAAAAAGUUUAAAAACUUUUAGAACCAUAUCGUGCAUUGGCGAUAUAAGUUUACCACCCAACUCAACUCAAUAUAUAAUUUCCUUCAACCAAUUAGAAACAAUAGCUUUAAAAAUUAAACUUUCAUCAAUCCAUAAAUUACCAGUUUGUCCGCCAUCACUAACAAUAUUAGAUUUACAAUCAUAUGGACCUAUUGACAUAUCAAAACUACCACAAACUAUUAAAACCCUAAUUAUCAGCGGUCCACCCCCAACUAUAAAUAUCGGUACUAUUCCACCAACAGUAGACCAAAUUCUAAUAGACUCAACUUUUUUUUUGGAAUAUUUAAAUAACAAUCAACAUCUAAAUUAUCAUAUAUAUAAAAAAUUAAUAAUACCCAUAAAUAAUAAUUUUGAUUCAUUAUUUAUUAAUUCUUAUAAUAAUAUAAAUAAAUUGUAA